AUGGUUUCUGCAGGCGUUCUAAUCUACUCUGGCUUCAUGCCUCUAAUCAAGACGUUUGCUGCGCUCAUAUGCGGCUACGUCCUAGUCAAAAUGGACAUGUUCCCACCAGCCGCUUCUCGCGGGCUGUCGAUAAUCAGCAUGAACAUUGCGCUCCCCGCGCUCAUUUUUGCAAACAUAGUGCCAUCGUUCACGCCUCAGAAUAUCUCCGCGCUAGGACCCGUCAUCUUAAUCGCCUCGAUUUACAUGCUCAGCGGCUUCAUCAUGGGCAUCAUCAUACGAGAAGUCUGCUACGUCCCGCGUAACUUCUGGCAGGGCAUAGUGAUCAUGACGGGUAUGAGCAAUUGGGGCAACCUUCCAAAUGCCAUCGUGCUCUCGGUCAUGCAACAGCCGCCAUUCAACCCUCUUAUUGACCCCGCUCUGGGCGUCUCAUACGUGUCGAUCUUCACUGUCUGCUACCACGUAUGCUUCUGGGUCUGCGGUGGUGCCCAUUCGCUUUCGUGGGACUAUCUUCCGGGCGUCCCUCAGGGAGAGGAUGCAGAGCGCCACGUCUCCUGGAAGGAAAAGCCCAUUGGCGGCCUCAUCGCACGCUACAUCUUGCGCCUCCCUGCGACCCCGCCGCCUCCUCUGGUCAUCGACUAUGUCAAGAAAGACGAGGAGGACCCCUACUACGAAAAGGAGGCCAAGGUGUCAGUCGAGGUCUUGGACGCCCCCGUUUCAAAUAUCCCGAAGGUUGUGAUAACCGACGAAACCGAGCCAGACUCGGACAUCCAGCUCGCAAGACGGACAUCGCGUAGGUCCGCAGUGUCGACGUUCCGGUCGAGGAAGCUUCCGGGCUCUGUUCCCCCGUCUCCCCUUCGCGUGACUAUGCCAUCUUCUCCCCUCCGGGUCACGAUCCCUGCUUCAUCCCUCAGGACAUCAGUGCCGUCGUCUCCACUACGGGCCGGGCCUCCUCCACCUACCCCACUACGCACUGUAGUCGCGGCGAGCCCGACACACUCUUCCGCGUCCAGUGAGACUGUCGCCGAACCUACCAAAAACGCUGACCCGUCGUUCCCAAAGACAAAGCACUGGCUUCACACCAUUUUUCAUCCGCUCGCGGCGCUCGUGAAGCCAGUGACGAUUGCCAUCUCAGUCGCACUUCCGGUCGCUCUUAUUACCCCACUGAAAGCUCUCUUUGUCGAUGUAUCCGCCCAGGGUGGGCCGACUUGGCACGGGCCUGACGGGCGUCCCCCGCUGGUCUUCGUCAUGGACACUGCCCAAUUCAUCGACACCAUCGUCGUUCCACUCGCACUCAUCCUCCUUGGCGCGUCGUUCGCACGCAUCAAGGUUCCGCACCCGCUCUCGCGCCUACCCAUCAUGGCGAUGCUGCUUGUGACCGCGGCGAAGAUGAUCGUGCUCCCGGUUAUGGGCGUGUUCAUCGUCCAGGCGAUGGUGCACCAGGGCCUCAUUUCGGCCGACGCCAGGGCGGAGAAGUUCGUGGCAAUGCUUUUAAGCGGCACGCCCGCAGCGGUGAACCAAAUGAUCGUGUCUUCCCUCCAUGCACCCGACGGGAAUGUGGACACCAUGGCGGCCUUUUUCCUGAUUCAAUACGUGUUCAUGAUUAUUGGGUCGUCCGUGCUAACGACGAUCUCACUUCUUCUCGCUUGA